AUGGCUGCCACAGGAGCGGACGACGGUGGUCCAACACGGAUCAGUAUACUCGGAAAGGAGACCAUUGUCGUUGACCAUGGCAUAUGGCAUAGCUUCGUCCCUAACGACUUGUUGCACAAUAUUGCCUCCUCCACGUAUGUCCUAAUCACGGAUACCAACAUCUCCCCCCUCUAUCUCGAGUCGUUCAAGUCGGUUUUUGAGGCUGCCCGGCUGGCGACAUCAAAGACAGCUACCGGCACCCGUCUUCUCACGUACGUGAUACCACCUGGCGAGUCAUCCAAAAGCCGCGAGACCAAGGCAGAGAUCGAGGACUGGCUGCUGUCGCAGAGAUGUACGAGAGACACGGUUAUCAUUGCGCUGGGCGGCGGGGUCAUUGGCGACAUGAUCGGGUACGUGGCUGCGACAUUCAUGCGCGGCGUCCGCUUCGUUCAGGUGCCGACCACGCUGCUCGCCAUGGUCGACUCGUCGAUCGGUGGCAAAACGGCAAUUGAUACCCCUCUGGGCAAAAACCUUGUCGGGGCCUUUUGGCAGCCCCAGCGAGUGUACAUAGACCUGGACUUUCUCGAGACCUUACCAACGCGCGAGUUCAUCAACGGGCUGGCCGAGGUCGUGAAGACGGCGGCGAUCUGGGACGCAACAGAGUUCACAGCCCUCGAAGAGGACGCCCCGGUCGUCAUGCAGGCACUGCACUCCCGGCUGGCCAGCACGACGUUGGGCAGCCUCGCUCCGAUUCGCCACAUACUGAAGCGUAUUGUGUUUGCAUCGGCCCGGGUGAAGGCUAAAGUUGUUUCUUCUGACGAGAAGGAGGGUGGCCUUCGGAACCUGCUCAACUUCGGGCACUCCAUUGGCCACGCGUACGAGGCCAUCCUGACCCCCCAGGUCCUGCACGGCGAGGCUGUGGCCAUUGGUAUGGUCAAGGAGGCUGAGCUGGCGCGCUACCUGGGCGUGUUGCGUCCCAGUGCGGUGGCCCGGCUGGUCAAGUGCAUCGCCAGUUACGGCUUGCCCACCUCCCUCGAGGACAAGCGAAUUGUUGCUCUGACGGCAGGAAAGAAGUGUCCUGUGGACGUUGUUCUGGACAAGAUGGCCGUGGACAAGAAAAACGACGGUGCCAAGAAGAAGAUCGUGCUUCUGUCUGCCAUUGGCCAGACCCACGAGCCCAAGGCGUCUGUUGUGGACGACAAGGAUAUCCGGGUCGUCGUAUCGCCCUCUGUGCGUGUGACACCGGGCGUACCGAAAGACCUGCACGUCACGGUGGUGCCGCCCGGGUCCAAGAGCGUCUCCAACCGUGCGCUUGUCCUCGCGGCUUUGGGCACCGGCUCGUGUCGGCUGCGGAAUCUUCUCCGCUCGGAUGACACCGAGUACAUGCUUUCUGCGAUCGCGCAGCUGCAGGGAGCCAGCUACUCCUGGGAGGAGUCCGGCGAGGUGCUUGCCGUGCAGGGAAAUGGCGGCAGGUUCACUGCCAGCAGCGAGCCUCUGUAUCUCGGAAAUGCAGGCACGGCCUCCCGCUUCCUGACGUCUGUUGUGGCCCUCUGCUCUCCGUCGGCCGUCUCGUCGACUGUGCUUACGGGAAAUGAGCGGAUGAAGGUACGCCCUAUCGGCCCGCUGGUCGAUGCUCUUCGCUCCAACGGCGUCAAGGUCGAGUACCUGGGCAACAAGGGGAGCCUGCCGGUCCAAGUGGACGCUGCCGGCGGACUGGAAGGUGGCGUGAUCGAGCUGGCAGCGACUGUAUCCUCCCAGUACGUUUCGUCUAUCCUCAUGGCAGCACCAUACGCAAAGAAGCCCGUGGUGCUGCGUCUUGUGGGUGGAAAGCCCAUAUCCCAGCCGUACAUCGACAUGACGCUUUCCAUGAUGGAGGCAUUUGGCAUCCACGCCGAGCGAUCGGAGAGCGAGCCCAACACGUACCACAUCCCAACAGGCACCUAUCAAAACCCAGCAGAAUAUGUGGUCGAGAGCGACGCCAGCUCUGCCACGUAUCCCCUGGCGAUUGCAGCCAUUACAGGCACAACCUGCACGAUCCCUAACAUUGGGUCGGCAUCGCUCCAGGGGGACGCCGACUUUGCCGUGAGCGUACUCCGGCCGAUGGGUUGCUCUGUGACCCAGGCGAUCACGUCGACGACGGUCACGGGCCCACCACCAGGGUCGCUCAAGGCCAUCAGUGUCGACAUGGAGCCGAUGACCGAUGCGUUCCUCACAGCGUCAGUCCUGGCCGCGGUUGCGGAUGGCACGACGCGCAUCACCGGGAUUGCAAACCAGCGCGUGAAGGAAUGCAACCGGAUCUUGGCCAUGAAGGACGAGCUGGCGAAAUUCGGGGUCCAGUGCACGGAGCUGGACGAUGGCCUGGAGAUGACCGGACGGCCGAUCGGACAGCUGUCCACUCCAGAGGACGGCAUCGACUGCUACGACGACCACCGGGUGGCGAUGAGCUUCAGCGUCCUGUCCGUGGCUGCGCCGCAGCCUGUGCUCAUUCUUGAGCGGGAGUGCGUCGGGAAGACCUGGCCCGGCUGGUGGGACACGCUGUCGCAGUCUUUCCAGGUGGCACUUCAGGGUGAGGAGCCGGCCAAAACACACGGCGCAGCUAAGGUGACGCCGGCCGAGUCGAACCGGUCGAUAUUUAUCAUCGGGAUGCGAGGUGCCGGCAAGACGACGGCAGGAUCCUGGGCAGCCCAGGCUCUGGGCAGCACGUUUGUCGAUCUGGAUGCCGAGCUGGAACGGCGGGCGGGCAUGACGAUCCCUGAGAUGAUCAACGGCGAAGCUGGCUGGGAGGGAUUCCGCAAGGCCGAGCUCGACCUACUAGCCGAUAUGAUGCAGUCGAAGCCGACCGGGUACGUGUUCUCGUGCGGCGGCGGCAUUGUCGAGACGCCAAAGGCGCGCGAGCUGCUGGUGGCCUUUCACCGUGGCGGAGGCUGUGUUCUUCUCGUGCAUCGCGACACGGAGCAGGUCGUCGAGUAUCUGCUCCAGGACAAGAGCCGGCCCGCAUACAUGGAGCAGAUCCGGAACGUGUAUCUGCGGCGCAAGGACUGGUUUGAGGAGUGCAGCAGCCACUACUACUUCAGUCCCUACUCAGGGGCUUCGGGCCUGCCUCAGGAGGCUCCUGCAGACUUGGACCAGCUGAUAACCGUUUUGCGGGGACAGACGUCACACCUGGACGAGGUCAAGCAGAAGGCCCAGUCGUACUUUGUGUCGCUCACGGUGCCCGAUGUGGCGGCAGCAUCGGACGUCAUUCCGCGCGUCAUUGUCGGGGCCGAUGCUGUGGAGCUGCGUGUGGACCUGCUCGAGAGCUUUGCUGUCGACUCGGUCAGCACACAGGUCGCCCUGCUGCGGUCGGUGGCCAAGAAGCUACCCAUCAUCUUCACCGUCCGCACGGUCAGCCAGGGAGGCCGGUUCCCAGACGCAGACACAGACCAGGCGCUUGCUCUGUACCGCAUUGCCAUCCGCAUGGGCAUCGAGUAUGUCGACCUGGAGAUGACGAUGCCGGAUCACGUGAUCGAGGCCGUGACCAAGAGCAAGGGCAAGACGCGCAUCAUCGCAUCGCACCACGAUCCCAAGGGCACGCUCUCGUGGCGAAAUGGCGGGUGGAUGCCACACUUUAACAAGGCGCUACAGCACGGUGACAUCAUCAAGCUCAUUGGCGUUGCCCGCAGCAUGGAGGACAACUUUGCCGUGGCCGCUUUCAAGACGAGGAUGCUGGCAACCCAUGCCAAGCCCAUGAUCGCGCUGAACAUGGGCAGCCAGGGCAAGCUGAGCCGCGUGCUGAACGGAUUCCUCACGCCAGUGUCGCACCCAGACCUCCCGUUUGCAGCCGCCCCCGGACAGCUCUCUGCUCGGGAGAUCCGUCAGGCGCUGUCCCUGAUUGGAGAUCUGGAGCAGCGCCGCUUCGUCCUGUUCGGCAUGCCCAUAGCAAAGUCGCGGUCGCCUGCCCUCCACCAGGCGCUCUUCGACCUGACCGGACUGCCACACACAUACGGCCUGGCCGAGACGAGCAGCGUGGCUGACGUGCUCCCGAUUGUCCGGUCGCCCGACUUUGGCGGAGCGUCUGUGACGAUCCCGCUCAAGCUGGACGUGAUGGACGUGGUGGACGAGGUGACCGAGGCUGCACGAGCCAUCGGCGCGGUGAACACGAUCAUUCCCGUGGCAGCAUCUAAGGGCGGCAAGGCAGGAGGUGCCCGACUGAUCGGCGACAAUACCGACUGGAGAGGCAUGAUUCACGCCCUCCGAGGCGCCGGUGUCGAGAGACCGUCGACAUCCCAGUCGGCUGCCGGUCUUGUGGUCGGGUCUGGAGGAACGACGCGGGCUGCCGUCUAUGCACUGCAUGCGCUGGGCUACGGCCCCAUCUACUUGGCAGCUCGCAAUAGCGCGAAUGCCGCCAAGAUUGUCGACGGCUUCCCGGCCAGCUAUAAUGUGCAGCUGCUGGGUCCGUCAUCGACGAGCAGCACGGGUGCAGAUGCUGCCACGCCGCCUUCGGUUAUCAUCACUACCGUCCCGGCUGACAAGCCGCUGGAUGAUUCUGUUCAAGGGCUUCUCACCACUCUCCUACAGCGCUCCACAACGCUGCCGGGACCCCGGGUGCUGCUGGAGAUGGCCUACAUGCCGCGGGUCACGCCAGCGAUGAAGCUUGCCGAGGGCUUCGGUUGGAAGACAGUCCCGGGCCUGGAGGUGUUAGCUGCACAGGGAUGGCAUCAGUUUCAACUCUGGACUGGCAUCACGCCUCUGUAUGAAGACGCACGUGCUGCAGUCAUGGGCAGCGAGUCGUCUUGA